GGAGGAUCGUCAGACACACGCAGAUGCACGGCUCCUGCACUGCUUUUCCAUCCAGCACAAACUGGAAGAUUUUUUUUAAAUGAACACUGUUUAACAAAGAGCCUUUUGAGCACAUUUGGACGUUCUUCAAUAACAAGCCUUGUGCCAUCGCCGUGCGCAACUGGACAGGGUGUCGCGGAGCGGCUUUUCCACCUUCACAAAGUACCUCUGUGGUAAAUGAACACUUUUCAUGACUGGAUUGCGGGACUGGAGUGAUAAGCAGUAAGCAGGUUUUGAAUGUCUGAGGUUUGUUCAUUUUCCUCAGCACUCAUCGUGUGACGCUUUUCUCUGUUUGCCUUUCGGCGACAGAAGCAAAGUUCCGCAGGCGCAGUUAUUCUCCUCCUCCACAGCGGUGCGGGAGUCCGGCUCGGCUGUUGCGGUGCUACUUGCCAGUAGACAGAUAGCAUCGGCGGUAGGUGGGGAUACAGAGACUCCUGCAGGCUAAUUGUAGCAGCCUGUGUUCGCAGGUUUAAUACUGAUCCGCCUGUAAAGGACUGGGGGCUUCAUCCUCACCGAGCCGCUCUCAGAGUUGUGAGUAACAGAAAGAAAAAACCUGAGAGAAUGUUGCACCAAGUACAAUGAGCGUAAAUUUGUCGCAGACAUCAAAAUCCAUAUAUGCUCCGUCGAAUUCAUUUUUGAUGAGCAAUUCUGAGUCGUCUUUGGAAUUUUAAAAAGUGGAUCCCGCGACUUUACAACCAUGCGAAAUACUUGGCUGUCUCCCCGGAGUGCGAUUUGGGAAUACUGGACAUUGCUGAUUGCAUGUCUCUUUUGGAUUCACUACUCUAACGGGAUGCCUCAUGUUAUUCGAAUAGGUGGGAUUUUCGAACAGACCGAUGGACCCGUUUCACUUGUUAGUGCGGAGGAGCUUGCCUUUAAAUUUGCUGUCAAUAGCAUUAACAGAAACAGGACUUUGUUGCCAAACACAACAUUAACAUAUGACAUACAGAGGAUUAAUAUCUACGACAGUUUUGAGGCAUCGAGAAAAGCUUGUGACCAGCUUUCUCUAGGUGUAGUGGCAAUCUUUGGGCCCUCACAUAGUUCAUCGUCAAACGCCGUGCAGUCAAUCUGCAAUGCGUUGGAAGUGCCGCACGUCCAGGUGCGAUGGAAACAUCACCCCCUGGACAACAGGGACAGCUUUUAUGCCAAUUUAUACCCGGAUUAUUCUUCACUAAGCUAUGCUAUCCUGGACCUGGUGCAGUCUCUCAAAUGGAAAACAGCCACCGUCGUAUAUGAUGACAGCACAGGGCUUAUAAGACUACAGGAGCUUAUAAUGGCCCCGUCCAGGUACAACAUUAGGCUAAAGAUCCGUCAGCUUCCUCUCGACUCACAGGACACGAGACCCCUUCUUAAGGAAAUGAAGCGGAGCCGGGAGUUUCGUAUCAUCUUCGACUGCAGUCACCAAAUGGCUGCACAAGUCCUCAAGCAGGCGCAGACCAUGGGGAUGAUGACGGAGUAUUACUCCUAUAUCUUCACCACUCUGGACCUGAUGGCCAUUGACCUGGAGCCAUAUCGAUACUGUGGUGUCAACAUGACCGGCUUCCGCAUCAUGAACGUGGAUAAUCCCCUGGUCGCAUCCAUUAUGGAGAAAUGGUCGAUGGAAAGGCAGCUUCCACAUAAACCUGACUCAGGCCUGCUGGAGGGGGUCAUGACGACAGAUGCGGCUCUGACCUAUGAUGCAGUCCACAUUGUAUCCGUCUCGUACCAGCACGCGCCACAGAUGACCGUAAACUCGCUGCAGUGCCACCGCCACAAACCCUGGAGAUUUGGAGGGCGCUUCAUGAGUUUCAUCAAAGAGUCACACUGGGAUGGUUUGACGGGGAGACUGUCGUUCAACAAGUCAUCGGGUCUGCGUACAGACUUCGACCUGGACAUCAUCAGUCUGAAGGAGGAAGGACUUGAAAAGGUGGGGAAGUGGAGUGUGUCGGGAGGUCUUAACAUCACAGAACUGCCGAAGCGAAAAGGGAUGAACAUCACCGAUUCCCUGGCUAACCGAUCCCUCGUUAUCACCACCAUCCUGGAGGAGCCAUACGUCAUGCUUAAGAAGUCUGACAAGGCGCUGGUUGGGAACGAUAGAUUCGAAGGAUACUGCAUCGACUUGCUCAAGGAGCUGGCCAUCGUCCUGGGCUUCACGUAUGAGAUCCGCCUGGUUCCUGAUGGGAGAUAUGGCUCUCAGGAUGAAAAGGGCCAAUGGAAUGGCAUGAUAAGGGAACUGAUAGAGCAUAGGGCAGACUUGGCAGUGGCUCCCUUCACCAUCACCUAUAUGCGUGAAAAGGUCAUCGACUUCACCAAGCCCUUCAUGAACACUGGAAUCAGCAUCCUGUAUCGCAAACCCAAUGCCACCAACAACGGCUUCUUCUCCUUCCUGAACCCCAUGACUCCUGACAUCUGGGUCUACAUCCUCCUGGCCUACCUGGGUGUUAGCUGUGUCCUCUUUGUCAUUGCCAGGUUUAGCCCGUAUGAAUGGUACGACGCCCAUCCCUGCAACCCAGGAUCAGAUGUGGUGGAGAACAACUUCACCCUCUUCAACAGCUUCUGGUUUGGAGUCGGCUCCUUAAUGCAACAAGGCUCAGAACUGAUGCCCAAAGCCCUGUCCACCAGGAUCAUCGGGGGGAUCUGGUGGUUCUUCACCCUCAUCAUCAUAUCCUCGUACACUGCUAAUCUAGCAGCCUUUCUCACUGUGGAGAGAAUGGACUCGCCUGUGGACUCAGCCGAUGACAUCGCUAAGCAGACCAAGAUUGAGUAUGGUGUGGUGAAGGAUGGAGCAACCAUGACUUUCUUCAAGAAAUCCAAGGUUUCUACAUUUGAGAAGAUGUGGGCCUUUAUGAGCAGCAAGCCGAGCACUUCCCUUGUAAAGUCUAUUGAAGAUGGGAUUCAGAGAGUGCUGAAGUCAGACUAUGCCCUCCUUAUGGAGUCUGCAACUAUUGAUUACAUUACUCGGAGGAACUGUAACCUGACCCAGGUGGGAGGGCUCAUCGACAGCAAAGGCUACGGCAUCGGCACCCCCCAAGGCUCCCCGUACAGGGACAAAAUCACCAUGGCAAUCCUAAACAUCUUGGAGGACGGGCGCCUACACAUGCUGAGGCAGAAGUGGUGGAGUGUGAGCAGCUGCUUAGACGAAGAGCGUCACGAGACAGGCCCCUUGGGUAUUCAUAACCUGGGUGGGCUAUUCAUCGUGCUGGCAUGUGGACUAGUGCUCUCCAUUUUUGUGGCGAUUGCUGAAUUCCUCUACAAGCUAAGGAAGACUGCAGAACAUGACCAGAGGUCUUUGUGCAGUGUCAUGGUGGACGAGAUCAGACUGUCGUUCACCUACGAGAGGCGGGUGAAACACAAGCCUCAGCCUCCAGUCAUGGUGAAGACGGAUGCAGUGAUCAACAUGCAUGCCUACAACGACCGCCGACUCCCGGGAAAGGACAAUAUGAGCUGCAGCACUGGGAUGACCCCCGUGUUCCCGUGACAAUGUGUUCCCCCCAGGGCAAGAGCCUCCUGAGCAGCGUGUCAGGGGGGGUACCAGAGACUAGAGACAAUGGCAUAGACGGGAUAACCAGAUUCACCAUUAACCACAAUGACAUGGGGACACUAACUAAACAUGGGCAUCUCAAAAUGGCAGCCUCAGCCACACAGGUAUGACAACAUUCACGACUGUAUUCCAAACCACAAGAGGUAAAAGUAAUAUUUGCAAGAGGCUGGGGGAAAUCGGUUUACCCAAAUGAUCAGUUUCAAGUCUGAUGUUUACGUGCGCAACACAGAAACACAAGAAAAAUAUAGACUGUUCAAGGAAACAGUGAAAAGACUGACGAAAUACGGACAAAAGCAAGAAGAAAGGCGGUGUUAAGAAUGGCAAUAAAUCAGAUAUACAUGGAGGACAAAGAGCAGUUUUAGUUGGUGAUCAGUUUUGCCCCACAAUUAAAUGAUAAAAAAAGUUCCUACUUUCAUCCUGUUUUAUACAAGCUUCCAAAUGGCUUUUGAUGGCAGUAAAUAAUGUUGCCUCAAACAUGUUUUCGAGGCUUCAAUGGUUAUCUUUGAGUCAUAGGCUACAGGUUAUGAGACGAGAUGUUUUGGUUUGCUGGAAGAGUAUCUGCAGUAUUGCUGCUGUUGGAAACCCAUGGAGAGUCAAAACUGUUGGAGUUGAUUAACUAUAUUGUAACACACAAGCAAUUCAUUAUAAAUGCAGAGAUUGAUUUCAGCAAAAGUACAUUCUAUGUCAAAAGGAGUUUUAACAUAAUGAAAUUAGAUAAAAUAUUGAUUGCCAAAGAUUUGAAUAUUCAUCAUAACUAGGUUCAGUACAGUUCAGGCCAGUUCCUGCUCACCUUGUUUUUAAUAGAGCGCUAAUAUUGUGUUCAAUGCAAAGUCAAUAUGAAUGGUUGAAAUGGGACUAAGGGGAGCAGUUUUUCCAACCAUGCAAGGCAAUAUUAAUACAAAGCAAAUGUUAAUUGUGGCAGUGUAUUUUACUUGCCAUCUGAAAUGAUUGUUGACAACAAUAUUUGCAUAGGAAGCAUAAGGAGAAAAAAAAGGAUUUUGAAAUAGAACAUCUCUCCUAAACACAACAAAACAUAACGAAAAGAUCUUGAUUUCCAAAAAAUCUGUUAAAUACUGAGAACAUAAACCAAUUUUAAACAUUUGUUUGUUAAUCUUUGAUCAAAUGGUAACAGGUCUGUACUUAUAAAUACACAGAAAAAUAUAUUAGGUCACAGAGACAAAAAGAUUAGAUACUGUGACCUCCAAACUUUUUUUAUUUUGUAUUAAAUGUACAUUUAUUGGUGCCAUAUCCAUAAAACAACAUUCUAGUCCAUGUGUGGCGACAGGAUUAUUUAACAUCCAAACUCAUUCUGAAAACUUGUUUCAACAGUUUCUUAAUUUGUGUGAUUAAUGCUUUUUGGCAGGAAACAGAUUGUUUAGCAUCAUGCAACUGAUUAAGAGGGUUUGGUUUUAACUGUGAACACAUUUUGAAGGUUAUCUCAGACUUGAAAGUCACAAGCUUUUUCUGUUUAAUUUCCCAACGUGGACAGAAUAAAUCUAUAUGUGUAGUGCGUGAAAAUGCUGAACGAUAAUGUGAUGAAUAGAUAAGAUAUGAUGAUUUUGUGUGGUCAUGUUGACUUUCAUGCCGUUUGAGUAAGUGUAUAUCUUCAGCAAAUGUCAUGCCGUAAGAAGAUUGAGGAGUCUGUCAGCUGGGGGCCGAACGACCAGCAAACCUCUGUGAGGUUUACGUUGUCGAUACGUUGAGUCAAAAAAACACUUAUCUAUGAUCCAAGGAAAGUCCAAUCUGUAAAAGUUAGCAUUGGUUUGGUAGAGAUCCACUGUAUAAUUGUCUAUCGAUUCCCUUCUGCAGAGUAGAGUAUGUAGAUAAGAUCAGCAGGAGAAAAUGUAUUUUGCUAAAUUUAUACUGUUAUAAAUGAAUUCUGUUCACAGUCAAAUAUGUUCUAGAUGCUAUUUAUUUCAUUAGAGAGGUCACUUUAACCUACUUCCUCACUUUACCCCAGUUCCACAGCCCCAAACCUUUUUUAUUUAUUUAAUGGAAAUGCAUUAUAUAAUAGUAUAUUGGAUAACUAUCAUCCAGUUGGAAAACUAUGUAAAUCCUCGUUUAUGAUGACCGAUAUUUCUACAAGGUGAACGUGAAAUGGAAAGAAUUUAGGGGACACUCUUAGAAUAGGGAGACUUAGGGUUUAUCUUGUGUAACUGGACCUUUACUGCUCUUAUCCAAUUAGGACCUUGUCUUUGGCUGCGGCUGACUCGUGGUUACAAGACGUUGCUGUUACCCUCAUGUGUACUGUAGCUUUCCAUGGAGGUGAUUCAAAGACUCAAGUUUGCUUGUAUGUCACCUCUGUAAUAUGUGAAAAUAAUUGAAAAAUUCAUUAUAAUCAACAUUUGUUGGAAUUACAACAGGGUUUCGGAUUUGGCUGAUUCAGUCAGUUUGGUUACUGAAUAUAUACAUCUUUUUUAUAAAUUAAUGUGAAUAAUAAUGUCAUUUUACACAAAAAUGGUAUGAAAUGUGAGAGAAAAGUAAUUCAAAAUGUAAGCUACAUAUCCUGUGUUCCAUUAGAAGUGUGUGAUUAUGAGUUUAGAUUUUCCAGCAGUCACAACAGUAUGCCUUUUUAUGUAUACCUUUCUUUUUAGUUGCACAGCUUAUAUUAUUUGGCAGAAAACCUCUCGAACAAUACGAUACAUAUGUUGGUACCAACCAGGGUUUUCUUUGUUGACAUGCAGAAUUUCUAUGAAUAUAGUUUUUGUAAGGUUUUGUAAAAAAACAGGGGGGAAAACGAUCUUGUUUUCCUAGUAACUGUAUGUGUUAAGAGAACAUUAGAAAGACUGACAUCCGAGUAGAACAUGGGGACAUGAAUCUAAAUAUUAUAGAAAAGGUGUUGAAUUAUUUUCUUUUUAACACAUUGUGAAUAAUUCAAUUGUACAGUUUGCUGUAUGGGUUAUAUGACAUUUUAAAUAAAAAAUACAAACGUUA